CGACACCCCUGUACACCCGCCCGCCAACUCGCGUACUGACUCAGUACGUGAAGGCAUGUGUCUGUCUGUCAGUCUGUCUGUUUAUUUGGCUGUGUUGUCCCUCGAGAAUCUGCGUUCCUCCCUGCGGACGAAGAGGGCGUCCUUGGAGAUCAGCUCCUGCUUGCCGUACUGUGGCGGCUGCACGUCCAUGUUCUUGGGGGCAAUGUAUUCAUUCUUGUAUGCCGUCUGGUACAUCGAAGGAUCGAACUUGCCGUAAUUGAGCCAGUUGCCCGACUGAUACAUAUCGGCCUGGUAGCGCCCGCCGCGGUAUUCUUUCUGCGUCUUGCCCAACUCGCUGUGAAGAGGGAAACCAAGAAAGAACCGAUGAAACGGCCCGCCCCCAAAUGUCGGUGUGUUGUCUUGGCUCACUUGCUGCUUGUCUCGUAGCUGCCCCUCGGCCCGGCGACGAAUCCUUGUGCCGGCAUGGUGAGGGGGCGGUCCUUGUCCAGCUGCUCCUGGUACUCUCUCUCAAGGCGGGCCCUGAACACGUCGGCGCACACAGCGACAGACACAGAGCCCCGAGCUCACAGGUGGGAAGGGGAAAGGCGCUUGUCUUUCUUGCUUACUCAUGCCAGUUGCCCACGAGCACCUUCGGGUUAUAGGAUCUCGACAUACUCCUGAGCACACACCCCGCAGACAGCGACAGUAGCCUCUCCAGAGGACGAAGAGAUGAAGAGGGGCCCGACUCGCUUGUUGUCUCGCGUACCUUUCAGAGUUCCGAAGUGAGGGCCUCAACAAAAGUGGAACGUUUCCAGAAAGGGGAAUACAACGCGCUUCGGUGAACGACGAGAAGACAAAGACGACCACGAGCUCGCAUUUGAGCGCCCACGGUGUGGCUUCCGUCUCAU